GACUCAAACUGUUAAGCGAGCAGCGAGGCAGAGGCUCGUGCGUGAGUGUAUAUGUGUGUGUGUGUGUGUAAAGUGCCAGCCAGCCACCCACCCAGCCAUGAUCAAGCGGAAUUACGACGUACAGCACGUGGCAGCGUCCACCGGAUUGGCGAGUUCCCGCCACGGAAAAUCGUCCUCAAACCUGCUCGACAAGCUAACGAAGCGAUACUCGGGCGUGCUGGGGGCACGCUUCCUUCGGAAAACCCCUGGCCGGAAGUCGGGUGUAGCGGAACCAUUGUCCGCCAGCUACGACAUGUGCGGAUCACGAUCGGACGACUUCCGGCCCGAAAUCGGUGCCCCGGUGCUCAUUUCAAAAACGACCCGUUUCGACUUCGACACGGACUCGUCACUCGAGCAGCUACCCUUACCAAACCUCCCACCGGCGGGUGGAUCCCCCCGAGGACGCAUGUCCACCCAAACCCCCACCACGUCGGAGGACAGCGAAAACGACGUGUUUGUGGACGCGAACAGUUCGCUGCCGAACUUCGGUGAGAUUAAGUUCACCUUUCUGCCCGAGAGCAACAACAACUGCCGUGGGUUUCAGGACGAAAAUGUGCGCCAGGCGUACGAUGCGACGGGGUUGGUGAAGGGCCGUCGGACGAAAUCCGCCCACAAUCUUCACCUGCCCGAUGGGCGGCUUUCCCUCGUGAAGGCACCAUCUUUGAACAUGUCGGUGUGCGAACCCACGGGGAAUGGUACCGUUUUGUCGUCAGUCCCGAACAGCCCAGCCGUGGAAAGUAUCUACGAUUUCCCGCGGAGCACGCGUUCGGAUGGGAUCCGGAAACCACGGGGUGAAUCGACGUACGAUCUGACUCGAUCGCAUCACGUGCUGAACGAGAUCAGCCUGUCGUUGGUGAGUGAUGGUGAGGCGCAUUUGUACCAGAACCUACCGAGUCCGGGUGAACCGCCGCGGUACGAUGUUCCGCCGGGAUUCCGGCGUGACUCCUCCACGUCCACGAAUGGGGACCAGGACCAGGACGAACGUGAGGACGAAGAAUUCGAUCUAAAGUCAGCGAGUUUCCAGAGUCUGGCUGAUGCAGGACCUGGCGCAGGUCAGUUAGCUGUAUCGAUGGAUGAGUUGGACGAUUUGACACGUCAGAUAAAUCAAUCGACAGUGGCACUUGGACUCGUCGCCGGUCACCCAGACAGUGGGGAAUAUUGUGAACACCGUCAGCAAUUGCACCCAUCCGAACGGAGACUCACGUUGCUGCGGAAUCGAACUGCACCGAGCAAACACCUGCUAGAUUUUGACCGGCGUCGGGCGAAGAUCACGAAAAAAUGGAGCGGAUUUAAGAGCUGGAUCGGUGAGGAACAGGGCCGCAUUCGGGAGGUGGUGCAGAAGCACGCCGCCAUGCAACGUGUCGGUGGGGAACCGGCGGGUGGUGACCGGGUUCGACGCCACAACAGCGAUCUGGCAACGACGGCUGGGAGUGAGCAGGAUACGCGUCCAUCGGUGGAACCGGAACCGGAAACGACGUCACCGGAAUCGAGUGUGGUUCAGCGAGAUCGGACGCUGUCGUCGGAGGAUCGGGAUGGGGCGCGAACGAUUCAGCGGAAGAGUGCGAAUGCGGAGGUUCUAGAGGGACAGAAUGGGUUCGAGGAGGUGCGCCGGUUCGUUAAGCAAGGAGGCGAUUUUGGUAAGGAUUUGAUCGCGAUCUUGCACGAGCGAACGGAGAUCGAGCAGCUGUACGCAAAGUCACUCUCAAAGAUCGCCAACAAGCUGAACAAAGCGUGCCGGGAUCUGCCCGGUACGAUAGCCGAUUCGUGGCGGUCCGUUUCAACCGAGCUGGAAGGACGCAGCGAGGUACAUCGCCAGUUCUCGAACACCCUCGCGGAGGAGGUCGUGAAGCCGUUGAAGGUGAUCAUCGAAAGCCAACACAAGGCGCGCAAAACGAUCGAAACGAACGUAGACAAAUCCUCACGCAUCCUGGCGGAAUGGAGGACGGCCGAAAUUAAAGCAAAGAAGAGCUCACACGCGGCCGCCCGGGACAACGAGAAACUGCAGGAUGCGAUGCUGGACGUGAAACUUCAGCGAACCCCCUCGAUCGGGUUGUUGCACAAAACCACGGAAAAGGACGUGAAGGUGUCGGAAAAGGACACCAGCAAGCUCGAGGGCAAACGAAAGAAGGCCGAAGAAGCGGUCAAAAAAGCGGACGUGGAGUACUACACGCUGUGCAUCCGUGCCGAGCGAGCCCGCGUCGAUUGGGAGAUGUCCGUGCUGCGUGGUUCCUCGAUGCUGCAGACACUGGAAAGCCAACGGUUGGCGCAGUUCAAAACGUACGCCUCCGACUACCUCAAACUGUCGACGGAAAUGAGCCCGCUGCUUACGAAAACGGUCGACCGGUUGAGCCCGCAGGUGACAAUGUGUAGCGUGGCGAAGGAUCUGGACGUGCUGAAGAACAUUCGCCGGGCGACGGAAGGUCCUAGCGAACAGCUUCUGCCCGAUUUCUACUGCGAGCACACGACGCUGGCCAUGAACCGGGAGCGGCGGAAACAGUCGCUCGUCAAGCUGCUGCAGCUCAUCCGCCAGGACCUGGAUCGGGAGCGUCGAUCGCGUAACGGACUGAAGGGAUUCUCCCAAACGCUCGACAAGAACGGUGAAAGCAACCAGAACAUUGCCGAUAAGCUGUAUCACAUACGAUCGAUGCUCACGUACCUGGAGGGAGCCAGAUAUAAGCUGCAAUCAGCGCUGCUGGAACUCGAUCACAAGCCACGCUCGAGUCACCCCCUUGCACAACACAUUCAGAUAACACGCGAUCGUACCGGUUUGCAGACGAGUGUGCUGAAGGUUCCCUUGUGGCUCAAGCACGAUCAGGACGAGACGGAUAGCAACCUGGAAACGGUGACCGCCAACGGACAAACGACAGUGCUCAGUACGGAGGACGGUUCGGACCAGAAUUGCUUGGACAUCAAGAACGAUACGCUGAUCAAGCACAUCGUGCACAAGUACGCCCGAAACGGGUGCAACGGAGAUGACACACACUAUACGACGGGCAAGGCGGGAAAGUCAGCUCUACACGACGACCAUCAUCACGGACCGGCGUGGGAUCGUGGCGUUGCCGAUGGGGUCUCCAAUCAACCUGAUUCGGAUUUUGAUGAGUUUUCCUCCCAAGACGAAGACGAAGAUCGCUGCUCUGUGGCACCGAAGCAGCUUCUAGAGAACGGUUGCCACCCGGCACUGGUGAAUGGCGGUGACACGAACGGAAAUCAUCCGGAUUGUGGCGAAACCGCGCAAUCCGUCGUCAUCGGACGCUGCCGGGCGCUGUUCAACUACACACCAAAGCUUUACGACGAGUUGGAACUACAGCCCGGCGAUAUUCUUGAGGUGCACAUCAAGCAGGAGGACGGCUGGUGGCUAGGGGCAUUGCGCGGUCAGAUUGGCAUCUUCCCGGCGACGUACGUCGAGGAGAUCCCAUAGCCCCGCAACACGGUGCGGAACUGCGUGAUGUAAAUAGUCGGUGUAUUUGUAAAAAAACGCGAGCGAUACACACAAUCGAUUUUAGAAACGGAAGCACACAUUGUAUAAAAUAGCUCAUCAUUAGCGUCGAAUGCAAUCUCUCCUAUUAGGGACCUGGUUUAAGAGAAGCAUCUAGUGUAGAAGGUAGCAAACAAAUCUUAAACUAUCGAAUCGCCGCGGCGAAAGAACUUUGUACAUAUAGGGAAAAAUACGCAGAGGUAAAACUCCAUCGAACGCUCCAUGAACCGAUGGUGAAGAUGGUUGUGCGGAACCGAAAUAAAGCGA